AUGGUGCACGACGAGAAAGACGGACCUCCUCCCAAGAGUCCAAAAGCUCAAGAAAGACGUCGGCCGGCAACGGCUGACACAGAAGUCCCUCGGACCGAGUUGGUGCAGCACUGCACGCCAUGCGAACAACAUGGCCAGACAGCGCACUGCAACUACCGAGAGCUUCACGCGAGAGCACAGCCAGGAGAGCCCAUCAGGUGCCUCCCAUGUCUACUCAUAGACAGGCAGUGCAAGAUUGGUGGCAACACCACGGCGAAUCCUGCUGCUGGAAACUCCAAUGUUGGACAGCAGCAGCCACAGCAGUCCGCAAUGCAGUCCUCCCUUGGACAGCAGAGCGGCUAUCAGAACGGCCAGCAGUACAAUCCUGGUCAACAGCAGCAGCAGAUUCCGACUACCUUCGGCCAGAAUCCGCAACAGUACGGUCAGCAACAGUUCGGCCAGAACCAGUUUGACCAAGUUCAGAAUCCGAAUCCGAAUCAGAAUCAAUUUGGGCAGAGCCAGAACCAGUUCCACCAGCAACAGUUCGGCCAGCCUCAGCUCGGUCAGCCUCAGUUGGGUCAGAGCCAAUUUGGCCAGCCGCAGUUUGGCCAGCCGCAGUUUGGGCAGAACCCGUUUGGGCAGAACCCGUAUGGCCAGUACAACUUUGGCCAGUAUCCUUUCCACCAGCAGUUUGGUGCGUCUCAAGUCUGUGGGAACUAUGGACCACCACAGCAUCACGGAUGGCAACAGCCAUCUGCGGGAUAUUCUCAUUUGUGGAACCAAGUCAACCAGCAGCCGAGUCCUACAGCUGAGAGCAUUCCUGCCAUAGUUCGAAGCGAAAUGCGUGCUGAGAUGCGGAGACAGGAGCAAGAGAAGACCGAGAAGGCCGAGGCGUACAAGGCCAAGAUCGCAGCCGCGGAAGCCAAGAAGCUGAAAGAAGAGGCUGAAGCAGCCGAGAAGAAGAAGAAGAAAGAAGAAGAGGACGAGCGCAUUAAGAAGUUGAUGAUGGAGGUGGCCCAGACCCUGGUUACUUCUAACCGAAAGGGCGAACACAAGAUGAAGGGUGCCGCCAUCAACGCCAAUAAGCGCAAGCGACAAGACGAUGCGCCACAGCCUCCUACGGACUCCAAGCUUUGUCGCAAUUGGAGACGAUCAGGCAGCUGCAAGUGGGGCGAUUCCUGUAGGUUUCAGCAUGCCGCUGAUUAUGCCGCUGAGUCCGCGAACAAGAAGGCCAAGGGCAAUCAGGAGGCUGCGAAGCGCGAGCGCGAGAAGGCUGAGGCUGAGGAACGCCAGCGCGAGCGUAAGAAGGAGCACAAGAGGCUGCGGUCGAAGAAAGCUCGAGAUGCAAAGAAAGCUCGCAAGGCCGAGGAGAAGAACUCAUCUGCUACAGACGGCCAACGUUCCCGCAACCCCGACGAUGAAGGUGCGUCCGAAGAUGGAAAUGCCAGCGACGUCGAGGAACACGGAUGUCCCAGCGACAUUUCGUCGGAAGACGGAGGUGUUAGUUUGGCUCCGCCGCGUCUUAGGAUCAAUGCGGGUACAUUCGAACAUCGUCCCCCUCCUCGUCCAUUCGAUCUUCGUCAAAUGCGUCAGCAGCAGGAAGCCCUGCAUCAGGCAAAUUUGCAGGCGCUCGCUGGACAUCAUGGCGUCGCAACAAGAGGACGCAAUUCUUUGCGUGAGCAGGUCCGAGAGCAAUCCAGCAGUUUGCAAGUCCAGACGAUGAUGCCGGCUCAGAGGCCGGCUGAAGCGCGUACUCAGGUCGAUCCGCAGAGGCUGCUCUCGGUCCCAUCAAACGAUGGUAUGGAUACAGACGGCGGCGAGCAGACCAGCGCCCUGGUGUUGUCGCCUGCAGACGGCUCGGCCUUGAACCAAGGCCAGCCGGACCAGCCUCGAUAA